CAAAUCCAACACCAAAUUUUUUUAAGAAACUGCAAUUGCAGUAGUGCAACACUGCCAAGGAGGAGUUUUCGGUAUUUCGCAGUGGUAUCUUUUUUAUUAUAUUGUCCACCCAACCAUAAUUAGGACAUGUCGAAAAAUAAAUUAAAUUUAACGCUUCCUCCUGGAGCUGUAGAUGCAACAGUGGCCGCGUCACAGGUUGUACCAACACCGCCAUUCAAGACACCAUCAGGAACAGAAAAACAUAGUUUACUGGGGAAGCCGAAGACGAGUAUCGAGGCGCUUACGGAGACGCUGGAAGAGUUGGAAAUGGAUGAUUCUGCACGCAAUCGUAUUAAAGUGUUUCUAAGUCAAAAGGAGAAAAUCGGCGAACUAUCCGAUGAUGAUCUCGAAAAGUUGGGUGAACUGGGCUCCGGUAAUGGUGGUGUAGUCAUGAAGGUGCGUCACAUACCCACAGAACUGAUAAUGGCACGCAAACUAAUACAUCUGGAGGUGAAGCCGGCGAUUAAGAAACAAAUAAUACGUGAACUGAAAGUGUUGCAUGAGUGUAACUUUCCGCACAUUGUGGGUUUCUAUGGCGCCUUCUACAGUGACGGUGAAAUCAGUAUUUGCAUGGAAUAUAUGGAUGGUGGUUCGCUCGAUCUGAUAUUAAAACGCGCUGGACGCAUACCGGAAUCAAUACUGGGCAAGAUAACAUUAGCCGUGCUGAAGGGUCUAAGCUACUUGCGUGAUAAGCAUGCUAUAAUGCAUAGAGAUGUGAAGCCGAGUAAUAUUUUGGUGAACAGCAGUGGCGAGAUAAAGAUAUGUGAUUUUGGUGUAUCAGGGCAGCUAAUUGAUUCGAUGGCCAAUUCGUUUGUCGGCACACGCAGCUACAUGUCGCCCGAGCGUCUGCAGGGUACACACUACUCCGUGCAAUCGGAUAUCUGGUCGCUCGGUUUAUCGCUGGUCGAGAUGGCAAUUGGCAUGUACCCGAUACCGCCACCCGACGCCAGCACACUGGAAGCGAUAUUCAACGAUAAUCCAGAUGAUGGACAACAAACCGUGGUGGAACCUAAAGUGAUGGCGAUUUUUGAGCUACUCGAUUAUAUUGUCAAUGAACCACCGCCUAGGUUGGAGCACAAAAUAUUCACCGACGAUUUUAAGAAUUUCGUCGACAUUUGUCUCAAGAAAAAUCCCGAUGAACGCGCCGAUCUGAAAACGCUACUGAAUCACGCUUGGAUACGCAAGGCUGAAGUUGAAGAGGUGGACAUUGCUGGUUGGGUGUGCAAAACAAUGGAUCUGCCACCGUCGACACCGAAACGCAACACAUCGCCCAAUCAGUAAAAAAAAUUAAAAAAAAAAUUAAUAAUAA